CAGAGAUGGAACCAAGGAGGUUAGAGGGGAAAUGGGAGAAUGAAGAGCCGGACACUGAGGAGCCUCUGCCCACAAUAAAGAGGGAAAUGGAUCCCGUUCCUGGGGCCGCUUCCCCAUUGGCUGAAUCAGAAAUAUUACAGAUAAAGAUAAAGGAGGAAGAACCGGACCCUGAGGACCAUCUGAGUGUAACUGAAAGCUCUACAGAUCCUCUUCCUUAUGGGGGUCAAUCCGCGAACGGUGAGCUAACCUGGGACAUCUCCAGAACAUGGAUAGGACACUGGAGUUCCGAGGUUCCGGAGUCCAGUGGUCCCACUAGUUCUUUGGAUACAAAAUACGGAAAACCUUACUUCAUAGGAAGCCCGCUUCAGAAAACACAGAGAGUUCACACAGGGUUAAAACCUUUUGGCCACGUGGAUUAUGGGAAAACCGCUAGUCAGAAAAUCAGCUUUAAGAGAACCAAAAGGAUUCACGCCGGGGAGAACGUCUUCAUAUGCAGAGAAUGUGGGAGGAGCUUCAAUUACAGGAGCAGCCUCCAGAACCACAUCAAAAUCCACGCAGGCGAGCGACAUUUCAAGUGCCGAGAAUGCGGCAAAUCUUUCCCUAUAAAGAACGAACUCCGCAAACAUUAUAAGGUUCACACUGGGGAGAAACCCUUCACCUGCACGGAAUGCGGGAAGAGCUUCUCGCAGAAGAACAACCUCCUGGCGCACAAGCGGAUUCACACGGGGGAGAAGCCGUUCUCGUGUGUGGAAUGUGGGAGGAGGUUCUCCAUAAAGAGCAACCUUAUGUCACACAUGAGGACUCACACAGGGGAGAAACCCUUCACCUGCACCGAAUGCUGGAAGCGGUUUUCCCAGAAGUACCAGCUUCUGAUCCACAUGAACAUUCACACUGGCGUGAAGCGCUUCUCGUGUACGGAAUGCGAGAAAGUGUUCAAUCUAAAGAGCACUCUGCAGAGACACCAGGCGAUUCAUACCGGGGAUAAGCCCUUCUCGUGUACAAUGUGCGGCAAGGGCUUCUCCGGAAACAGCAGCCUCCUUACGCACCAGAAAAUCCACACUGGGGAGAAACCAUUCACCUGCUCAGACUGUGGGAAAAACUUCUGCCAAAAGAACGAUCUUCUGACCCACAAGAGGAUUCACACGGGGGAGAAACCAUUCACUUGCGUGGAGUGCGGGAAAAGCUUCUCCAACAGGAGCAACUUUCAUAAACACCAAAAAAUUCACACGGGAGAGAGGCCGUUUGCCUGUAAAGAAUGUGGGAAACGUUUCUGCCAGAAGAGCAACCUGCUCAGCCACCAGAAGCUUCACACGGGGCUGAAACCGUUUGGCUGCGUUGAAUGUGGGAAAUGCUUCUCUACAAAGAACGAACUUCUCAAUCACGAGAAAAUUCACACCGGGGAGAAACCGUUCACCUGCACCGACUGCGGGAAAAGCUUCUCCCGAAAAAACCUCCUUCAGUCGCACAAGAGGACUCACACGGGGGAGAAACCGUUCAUAUGCGCCGAAUGCGGCAAAAGCUUCUAUCAGAAGAGCAGCCUGCUGGCCCACGAAAGGAUUCAUAGGGACGACCGGCCCUUUGCUUGCACUGAAUGUUGGGAAAGGUUCUCUCAGAAGUACCUCCUCCUCAGGCAUAUGAACAGGCACACCGGGCUGAAACCUUUCAUAUGCACCGAGUGCGGCAAGGGCUUCAGUUUAAAGAGCAGCCUGCAGAGGCACCAGACUAUCCACACCGGGGAGAAACCAUUCACCUGCGCAAUAUGCGGGAAAAGCUUCUCCCAGAAGGGAACCCUCGACAGGCACCAUAAGAUCCACACCGGGGAGAAACCCUUCAGGUGCACGGAAUGCGGCAAAUGCUUCUCUCAAAAGAGCACCCUUCAGGGACACCAAAAAAUCCACUCACGGCUGCUGUAUGAACACAAUGCUACAGAGGCCCACUGCGAGAGAUCCACAAUAAAGAGGGAAAUGGAUCCCGUUCCUGGGGCCGCUUCCCCAUUGGCUGAAUCAGAAAUAUUACAGAUAAAGAUAAAGGAGGAAGAACCGGACCCUGAGGACCAUCAGACCCCAAUGGAAAGCUCAGCAGCGCCACUUACUGAUGGGGUUUUGCCCCCAGAGGAAAUAAUCCGGAUAAAGAUAAAAGAGGAAGAUCCGGAGGCAGAAGAUGCCGAGAUGCAGAUGGAGAGCUUGCCGGCUCCCUCUACUGAUGGGGGUGAUUGUUUCAAUGGGGACAUUUCUCUAUCGUGGCCUGGACACAAGAACUCACGCUUCUGCUCCAAUACCCGCCCGUUAGGUGGCACAGGGGCAAAUAUAAGCCUUACGUGUGAUACAGCAGAGGGCGCCACAGAGUGUGGGUCGGGCACUUGUACGCAGUGUGCAAAGUGCAUUUCCAAGAGGAACAACCGUCUCUCCCAGGAGAAGAUGCCAACAGGACAAAAAGUUUUCACGUGUAAAAAAUGCGGGCAAAAUUUUUCCCACAAGUACCAGCUUCUGAUCCACCUGAGUAACCACACGGGGGUGGAACCAUUCACCUGCGCAGAGUGCGGCAAAAGCUUCUGCUUAAAGAGCAGCCUGAGGAGGCAUGAGAGAGGGCACACGGGGGAGAAACCAUUCAUGUGCACGGAGUGCGGCAAAUGCUUCGCCAUCAUGAGCAGCCUUCACAACCACCAGCGGAUCCACACCGGGGUGAAACCAUUCAGCUGCAAGGAGUGCGGGAAAAGCUUUUAUCAGAAGAACAGACUGCACAGCCACAUGAAAAUCCACACAGGGGAGAAGCCCAAAUGCACAGAGUGUGGGAAAAGCUUCACUCACAAGAGCAGCCUCCUGUCGCACAUGAAAAUCCACUCAGGACUAAAGCUGUACGUGUGCGCCAAAUGCGGGGAGGCCUUCUACUUAAAGAGGAGCCUCCGCAAACACCACAAGGUCCACAUGGAUCAGAAGCCUUUCAAGUGCACGGAGUGCGGCAAGUGCUUCUCCGGGAAGAACGACCUCCACAAACACCAGCGGGUUCACACGGGGGAGAAACCCUUCCUGUGCACGGAGUGCGGCAAAUGCUUCUCACGGAAGAACAACCUCCAGGCGCACCGGCAGAUUCACAGAGGGGUGAAACCCUUCACCUGCGCCGAAUGCGGGAAAAGCUUCUCUAUGAAGAGCAGCCUCCUUACCCACGAGAGGAUUCACACGGGCGAGAGGCCCUUCACCUGCACGGAGUGUUGGAAAGGCUUCUCCCAGAAGUACCAGCUCCUCAUCCAUCUCUGCAUUCACACGGGGUUCAAACCGUUCGAGUGUGCGGAGUGUGGCAAAGGUUUCACUCUGAAGAGCAGCCUCCACCGGCACCAAACCACUCACACUGGGGAGAAACCAUUCGAGUGCUCCGAGUGUGGGAAAAGCUUCUCCCUGAAAAGCACCCUUCGCAAGCACCAGAAAAUCCACACGGGGGUGAAGCCCUUCCCGUGCAUAGAAUGUGGCAAGAGGUUCUCUCAGAAGAGCACCCUCCUCAAGCACCAAAUCGUUCACACGGGGGAGAAACCAUUCACCUGCACGGACUGUGCCAAAUGUUUCUCUCAGAAGAGCAGCCUUCAGAGUCACCUGAAAACUCACACUAAGGAAACCUCCUGAUAUACGGACAAGGCAAAGUGCCCCGGGAACAGCAGUUAUACAGAACAUUCCAGGGGUGCAGGAAAGCUACUGGGGCCCCCCAUCCCCAGGGGUGGCAGUGAGAUGGGCCAGUUGUUCCCUAUAGCAGAACCUUAUUACAUUGCAGAGAAUCCUGUGGCCUAUCAGGAACUGUAGUGAGUUCCUUGUUGUGUUGUGAGCAGCAGCCAUUAAACACAUGCGCUAUUUCUACUGAC